CAGGAGGAGGAGGAGGAGGAGGAGAAGAAAAGGAGAAACAUGGAGAAUGGAACAAAAAUCGAGAAGGAUAUUAUUAGGACUCGGAAGAAAACAGAGAAGGCAAGCAGCAUUUGGACCAUAUUUAUGCACGCAGAUGUUGCUGAUAAGUGGCUAAUGGUCGCCGGCUUCCUCAGUUCUGUUGGGGAUGGCUUUUCUAUGCCACUCAUGCUUCUAAUCACUAGCAAGCUCAUGAACAGCUUCGGAAAUGAACAAUCCUCAACUCAGCUCACACAGAGAAUUAAAAUGGUCAUGCUUCUUUCUUGCUCUCAUGUUUCUUUAUGCAUAUAUCUACUUACGCAAAUUGUGCUUCUCUUUCUUUUUCAGAAUGCUCUGCAUAUGGUUUACUUGGCAUGCGGGAAAUGCGUGGUUUGUUUCUUAGAAGGAUAUUUCUGGACAAGAACUGGAGAACGACAAGCGUCCAGAAUGAGGACCCAAUACUUAAAAGCCGUCCUUAGACAGGAUAUUGAAUACUUCGACCUCAAAGGGGCCACUGCUUCGGACGUCAUCACGAGUGUUUCCAGCGAUAGCCUCGUACUCCAAGAUGUCCUCAGUGAGAAGAUGCCCAAUUCCAUAAUGAAUUUUUCCACCUUUUUGGGGGGCUACAUUCUAGCAUUCAUACUAGUAUGGAGGAUGGCUCUUGUGAUGUUCCCCUUAGCUAUUCUCCUCAUCAUACCGGGCAUCAUUUAUCACAGAGUACAAACGGGUAUUGCAAGAAAAAACAGAGAGGAAUACAGCAAGGCCGGAGUUAUUGUUGAGCAAGCUAUUUCAUCUAUCCGCACGGUCUACUCAUUUGUAGGGGAGGCAAAGGCCAAAGCAGAGUUCUCAUCUACCCUUGAGGGCUCCGUCAAGUUAGGCAUCCAUCAAGGCUUAUUGAAGGGAAUUGCUCUUGGUUUCAACGGUCUCAUACUUGCCUUUAGAGCCUUUGUCCCAUGGUACGGUAGCCGCAUGAUCAUGUACCAUGGUGCUAAGGGUGGUGACAUCUUCGCUGUGGGAGCUUCCAUCUUGGCCGGAGGCCUGUCGCUUGGUUCGGCCCUUUCAAAUGUGACUGACAUCUCUGAAGCAACAGCAGCUGGAGAAAGAGCCUUCAAUGUUAUAAGGAGAGUACCGAAGAUUGAUUCAGAAUGUACAGAUGGAGAGGUCCUUGAAAAUGUUGUGGGGGAAGUUGAAUUAAAGGGAGUGGAGUUUGCGUAUCCUUCACGAUCUCAGGACCUCGUUUUGAGGGGUCUCAACUUAAAGGUUCCAACAGGGAAGACUGUGGCACUUGUUGGAGGCAGCGGUUCGGGCAAGUCAACUGUAAUUGCACUGCUGCAGAGAUUCUAUGAUCCGGAUAGCGGCAAGAUACUAUUUGACGGGGUGGACAUCCGGAAAUUUCAGCUCAAAUGGUUGCGAUCUCAGAUGGGAUUAGUAAGUCAAGAGCCUGCACUCUUCGCGGGGUCUAUUAAAGAAAACAUACUGUUCGGAAAAGAGGGUGCUUCAAUGGAUGAAGUGGUGGCUGCUGCUGAAUCUGCCAAUGCACACAAUUUCAUCUCUAAUCUUCCUUUGGGAUACGAGUCACAGGUUGGUGAGGGUGGAAUUAAAAUGUCGGGAGGGCAGAAACAAAGAAUAGCAAUUGCAAGAGCCAUAGUCAGGUCACCAAAGAUCCUUCUACUUGAUGAGGCUACUAGUGCCCUCGACUCUGAAUCUGAGCGAGUAGUCCAAGGAGCACUAGAUGCAGCCUCAGUUGGCCGGACUACCAUAGUGAUUGCGCACCGCCUCUCCACCAUCCAGAAGGCCGAUAUAAUUGCAUUGGUCCAGGCAGGACGGAUCAUUGAAAUCGGCUCCCAUGAUGAACUUAUACGUGAUGAGAGUUGCAUCUAUUCUUCAUUGAUUCGUCUGCAACAGACCGCACCAUCAAAUGCAGCACUUUGUUCAGCAACAUCAGCGGCUUCUGCUUUGCCAUUCUCACCCUCCAUCGAGUGUUCCAACAGAUGCGGUAAUAGCACGAGCAGAAGGCUCUCACAUGCUAGUAGAUGUAGCUCGACGAGAUCUCUUCAUGAUGCACUCGGAACUGGAGAUGCUGUUGAGACUGAGCCCGAACCUAAUGUUGCAGUUCCAUCUUUUAGAAGGUUAUUGAUGCUGAAUGCACCUGAGUGGAAACAAGCGUUGAUGGGGUGCUUGGGGGCACUAACACUCGGAAUGAUACCACCUUUAAAUGGAUACAUCAAUGGGGGCUUGAUAUCAGUGUACUUUCUAAAAGAUCAUAGCGAGAUGAAAAGCAUGAUAAGGAUAUAUGCUCUCUUCUUAGCAUCUCUAUCCGUUUUUUUCUUGUUGGUCAACAUUGUGAUGCACUACAACUUUGGAGUAAUGGGGGAGUAUCUCGCUAAGCGGGUGAGAGAGCAGAUGUUUUCCAAAUUUCUUACUUUUGAAGUUGGUUGGUUUGAUAGGGAUGAUAACUCAACAGGAGCCGUCUAUUCUCGACUUGCGAAGGAUGCAAAUGUGGUGAGAUCAUUGGUGGGUGAUCGAAUGUCUUUCCUUAUUCAGACUCUCUCAACAAUUGCAAUUGCAGGCAUCAUCAGUCUGAUCAUCUCAUGGCGUCUAGCCACGGUCAUGAUAGCGGUCCAGCCCAUCAUCAGCAUUUGUUUUUAUACCCGCAGCAUUCUCCUCCAGAGCAUGUCAAACAAGGCCAUCAAGGCUCAAGCCGACAGCAGCAAGCUUAUUGCUGAGUCCGUCUCCAAUAUCCAAACUGUUACUGCAUUCUCUUCACAGAACCAUAUUCUUCACCUUUUCAACCUCUCGCAAGAUGGCCCUCGACGUGAUAGCAUCCGCCACUCAUGGUUCGCUGGCAUUGUGCUUGGCACAUCCCAAAGCCUCACAGCCUUCACUUUUGCCCUUAUCUUCUGGUACGGAGGCCAGCUCGUAACUCGAGGUGACCUUAGUUCCAGGGGCCUCUUUCAGAUCUUGAUGAUCCUCUUCAUCACUGGACGUGUAGUUGCUAAUGUCAGCAGCAGGACUGCAGAUCUUGCCAAGGGUGCCGAUGCAGUCAGUUCUGUCUUUGCUGUGCUUGAUCGAGCCACCUUCAUUGACCCUGAAGACCAAAAUGGCCACUGCCCUGAGAAACUAAAUGGUCGCAUUGAAAUCAGAAACGUCGAGUUUGCAUAUCCAACGCGUCCUAACAUGAUAAUCUUCAAACGAUUCUCCCUUGACAUUGAUGCUGGCAAAUCUACAGCUCUCGUUGGGCGGAGCGGGUCUGGUAAGUCCACUAUCAUAGGGCUCAUCGAGCGAUUUUAUGACCCGUUGCAUGGAACAGUGAACAUCGACGGGAUAGACUUGAAAUCAUAUAACCUUCGCUCGCUUCGCAGGCACAUCGCUCUUGUGGGACAGGAGCCAACACUCUUUUCUGGGAGUAUUCGCGAUAACAUUGCAUACGGAGCAGAAGGAGCAGCAGAGACAGAAAUACAAGCCGCUGCAAAAGCAGCCAAUGCACACGGCUUCAUCAGUGUCCUACAACACGGGUAUGACACGAGGUGUGGAGACCUUGGGCACCAGCUAUCCGGUGGACAGAAGCAAAGAAUAGCGAUUGCAAGGGCAAUCCUUAAGAAUCCCGCGAUAUUAUUAUUGGACGAGGCUACAAGUGCACUUGAUAGUCAUUCAGAGAAAAUCGUGCAAGAAGCACUAGAGAAGGUGAUGGUUGGGAGGACGAGCGUAGUUGUUGCUCAUCGUCUCAGUACGAUACAGAACUGUGAUCUUAUUGCAGUUUUUGAGAACGGAACGGUGGUUGAGAUGGGAUCUCAUUCUUCGCUCUUAGCGAAGGGGCCUAAUGGAUCUUACUGCGGCUUGGUCAAAGCUUCAGCAAGCUCAUAAGGCUUUGUUGCGCAUAUAUAGACCCCUAGUGUCUGCCAAAAUGUCGUCCAUAGUAAAGAGUAAAAAAAAAAAUCAUCAAAGGGACCUACCUGUCAAAAUGAAACUACAGGGACAGUAAGUUCUACCACAAGGCGUUUGUGUGCAAUUAGCCCUUGAAAUAAAUUUAACAGGAUGCAGAAAGUUUUCGUGAACUUCUUUUUUCUUUUUGGACACAUGUUGUAAAAAAACAGCUUGUGCUAGUCAA